AUGGCCGAUCUCUAUCGAAUUGAACAGGGGGAGAAUGAACAUCCGAAAGCAUACUUACAGCGUUUCAUUGACCUCGUGCAUCAAAUCCACGACGUCGACCCACUCACCGCAGCAAAUCUCUUCGUCAAAAGCCUGCAGGUGGGGUCACUCUUACAUGAGAAUCUCACCAUGACGCCACCAUACGAUAUGGCAGACGUGCAAAUCCGAGCCGAGGGCGUCUUCAGGGUAUUAGAAUUUCGAGAACGUGCACAGAAGAAGACUGCACUCAUCUCUGCUCCGCCAACAAAUAACCCUCCACCACCUGUCAGGGAUGACAAGAGGAAACGAAACCAAACAAAUCAUACGAAGGAAGGAAAAAGGCCAAGACAGGAUCGACAGCCAUCACGAUACCCAUCCUUCGAAUACACCGUCCCGCAAGAAGUCAUUUAUGAAGAAAAUAAAGAUAGACCUAUCUGGCGAGAGCCCUACAAAAUUACCACUCCAUCUGACAGAAGGGAUAAAAGCAGAUACUGUCUCUUCCACAAAGAUCACGGUCAUACGAUCGCUGAAUGCCACAAUUUGAACAAUCAGAUCCAAGCCCUCAUGAGAAGUGGGCGGCUUUCCCAAUACAUCAAGGAGACAGGCAGACCAGGCGUCUCGCGGCAAAACCCAGCUUCUGCCCCUACUCCGCAGGCGUCAGACCCCGUGCACACAGCCUAUGACAGCACCCAGGAGCCUCUUAAGCAAGUCCCUAUGAUCCACGGGAUCGUAGAACCCACUGAUAAUCAAGAGCAUGCCACUAAAAUCCAUAAAAGGAUGGAAGAACGAGUGAAGCAAUACAAAUCAUUAGGCCACGUGGUCAAUCUCGUCACUUCAGAAGACAGAAGCUACCCAGCCUCUGCUAUCACCUUCACCGAAGAUGACCUGAAGGGCGUCCACCUACCCCAUGAUGAUCCACUCGUCAUUUCCCUACAAGUUGACCAUUGCCAGCUAGACAGAGUUCUGAUCGACGGGGGCAGUGGGGUCGAUAUCCUCUUCUGGGAAGCCUUCCAGAAGAUGGGGCUGGAGGAGAAUCAGAUCCGACCCUCCACCAUGCCCAUUUUAGGAUUCAAUAGCCAAAGAGUCUAUCCAAAGGGCGUCGUUCGGUUAACUGUAGUAGCUGUAGAACGCGCCCUGCCAGUAGACUUUCUCAUUAUAGACUCCACCACAAGCUACAACGCCAUCAUGGGGAGAAGUUGGAUCCACCGGAUGCAGGGGGUAGUCUCAACUCUACAUCAGGACCUACCAGCGUGCCUAAAAGGAAUCAAUCUAGAAGAAGACAAAGAAAAACCCCAAGUUACACUAGAUACCUUAGAACAAGUGGGUCUAGACGACGCUGAUCCCUCUAAAACAGUCCUGAUAAGUACCAAGCUCUCUAGAGAUGAGAGGCAGAUCCUCAUACGAUUUCUCAAGGCCAAAAUGAGAAUUUUUGCUUGGACUCCACAUGACAUGCCCGGAAUAGACCCUUCUGUCAUGAGUCACGGCUUGAAUAUCUCCAACAACUUCCCACCCGUCAAGCAGAAGCAGAGGAGGUUCGCUCCAGAGGUAAAUCAAGUCAUACAAGAGGAGGUCCAGCAGCUCCUGAGCACAAGGGCAAUCGAAGAAUGCUUAUACCCCAGUUGGCUUCCCAACCCCGUCGUGGUCCCAAAGAAGAAUGGGAAAAAGAGAGUGUGCAUAGACUACACAAAUUUAAACAAAGCGUGUCCCAAGGAUAGCUACCCUCUACCAAAGAUCGAUCAGAUGAUAGACGCCACGGCAGGAUAUGAAAGGAUGAGCUUCCUUGACGCUUACUCCGGAUACAAUCAGAUCCCCAUGAAAUCAGAGGAUCGAAUUCAUACGGCUUUCAUAACAGAGGGUGGUUUAUAUUGCUACAAAGUUAUGCCCUUCGGACUAAAGAAUACAGGCGCAACGUACCAGAGGCUGAUGCACAAGCUGUUUUUCCCAUUACUCGGAAGAAAUAUGGAGGUUUAUAUUGACGAUAUGGUCAUCAAGUCCAAACAAGGCUCUUCACAUAUAAACGACUUGACUGAGUGUUUCGACAUCCUUGAUGCUUAUAAAAUGAAAUUAAACCCCUCGAAAUGUGUCUUUGGGGUGUCCUCUGGAUAG